CCGCCGCCCCCUCUCGCAGCCAUUGCGGGCAGGCCCCGGCAGCUGCGGCCCGUCCGGCCCGGUGCCCGCUGCGGCCCCGGGGACAUGGUGCGGGGAUGGCUCGGCCCGCAGACACCUUCCCGCUGCACCGGCUCGUCUGGCACAACCGGCACCAGGCGCUGGACAGCGCCCUGCGCUCCGGCACGCACGAUGUGGAGCUGACGGACCCCCGUGGAAGGACCCCACUGGAGCUGGCUGUGUCCCUGGGCCACCUGGAGUCGGUGCGGGUGCUGCUGCGGCACAACGCCAAUGUGGGCCGGGAGAAUGCCAACGGCUGGACGGUGCUGCAGGAGGCGGUGAGCACUGGGGACCCUGAGAUGGUGCAGCUGGUGCUCCAGUACCGCGACUACCAGCGGGCAACACGGCGGCUGGCUGGCAUCCCCGAGCUGCUCAGCAAGCUGCGGCGGGCAUCCGACUUCUACGUGGAGAUGAAGUGGGAGUUCACCAGCUGGGUGCCUCUGGUCUCCAAGGUGUGCCCCAGCGACGUGUACCGCGUCUGGAAGCGCGGCGAGAGCCUGCGGGUGGACACCACCCUGCUGGGCUUCGAGCACAUGACGUGGCAGCGCGGCCGGCGCAGCUACAUCUUCAAGGGAGAAGAGGAGGGGGCAGUGGUGAUGGAGGUGGACCAUGACAAGCAGGUGGUCUACACGGAGACGCUGGCCCUGGCCCUCCACGAGCCAGACCUGCUGCUGGCAGCCAUGCAGCCCUCGGAGGAGCACGUGGCCGGGCGGCUGACCUCGCCCAUCGUCUCCACGCACCUGGACACCAGGAACAUCGCCUUCGAGAGGAACAAGUCUGGCAUCUGGGGCUGGCGCUCGGAGAAGAUGGAGGUGGUCAGCGGCUACGAGGCCAAGGUCUACAGCGCCAGCAACGUGGAGCUGGUCACCAAGACCAGGACCGAGCACCUCUCUGACCAGGACAAGUCACGCUGCAAAGGCUCCAAGACCCCCUUCCACUCCUUCCUGGGCAUCGCACAGCAGCAUGGCACCCACAAUGGGGUGCCCGUGCCACAGGCUGCCAGCCCCACCAACCCCACUGCCAUCACCCCCGAGGAGUACUUUGACCCCCACUUCGACCUGGAGACCCGCAACAUCGGGCGCCCCAUCGAGAUGUCCAGCAAGGUGCAGAGGUUCAAGGCGACGCUGUGGCUGUGCGAGCAGCACCCGCUGUCCCUGGCAGAGCAGGUGACGCCCAUCAUCGACCUCAUGGCCAUCUCCAAUGCCCACUUCGCCAAGCUGCGCGACUUCAUCACCCUCAAGCUGCCCCCUGGCUUCCCCGUCAAGAUCGAGAUCCCUCUCUUCCACGUCCUCAAUGCCCGCAUCACCUUCAGCAACCUCUGCGGCUGCGACCAGCCGCUGGGCUCCGUGCGGGUCUGUGCCCCCACCCAGCCCCCUGGCACCCACCCUCCCAGCACCAACCCCACCGGCACCCAACCUGCUGGGCCCAGAGCAGGCUGGCCGUUCCCAUGCGAGGUGGAGGCAGGGGUGUUCGAGGUGCCAGCUGGGUACACCGUGCUGGGCGCGGGGCGCAGCGAGCCUCUGCGGGACGAGGACGAUGACCUGCUGCAGUUCGCCAUCCAGCAGAGCCUGCUGGACGCGGGCACCGAGACCGACCAGCCCCGCCCCUCCGCGCAGGUGACCAUUUGGGAGGCUCUGACCAACACCCGCCCCGGCGCGGAGCCACCGCCCUAUGAGGAGCAGCUGGAGCGGGCCCUGCAGGAGAGCAUGCUGCUGCAGGCCGGCCCCAGCGCUGGCCCUACCGAGGCUGAGACUCCCCCUGGGGCGGGUGGUGGUGGCGACACCGACCCUGACACUGGCACUGGGACGGGCACCCCCCCAGUACCCCCCGGCUAUGGCAGCUUCGCGGAGCAGCUGCGCUUGGCCAUGGCCCUCUCGGAGCGGGAGCAGGAGGAACGGGAGCGGCGGCGGAGGGAGGAGGAUGAGGAGCUGCAGCGCAUCCUGCGGCUCUCCCUCACCGAGAAGUAGCGGAGGGGACACGCAGCGACAGGGACGUCCUGUGUGGGGGCAUCCCGCGUGGAGGCGCAGCCGUCCCACGCAAGGACCGGGAUGUGUCAUCUGGGGACAUCUCGUGUAGAGGUGGAGAGAUCUCACAUGGGGACACUCCGCACCGGGACUAGGAUGUCCCACAUGGGGACGCUCCGCGCAAGAACGGGGACAUCCGGUGUGGGGACACCUCAUGUGGAGAUGGAGACCUCCCACCUGGGGACACCCCACGCGACAACGAGGACUUCUCAUGUGGGGAGACCCGAGGUGGGGAGGGGAAUGAAUGUCUUGUGUGAGGGCACCGCACCGGGACAGGGAUGCCCGCAUGGACAGGGAUGUCUCACGCCGGGACACCCCGCAUGGGGACAGGCAUAUCCCGCAGGGGGACACCCCACAGCGGGCCAAGAACACCCCACCUUGUCCGGGGACCACCUGGCAUGAUGUUUCCUUGGUGACAGCCUGGCGUGGGUACCGCUCCGCACAAGGACACCCCAGCUUGUCACAGUCACGCCUGGGCACCAGGGGGUGCCAGGGUGUCACCUCCAUGGCAGGUUCCUUCCCUGAUGUUGGGGGAGGGAGGGCAUUGAUCCAGGGAUCCUCCUCCCCCAGGGGACCCCCAGUCCAGAGAUCUUCUCCCACCAGGCUCCAAUCUCAGCCCAGGGAUCUUGAUCAGGGUGUGUGUAGGGGCAGGGGGUGGCACUUUGCCCCCCCCCCCAGGGGCACCUCUGUUCCCAAGGCCCCCACUCCAGAGCCCCCCAUUUUUCCUCAGUGUUGAUCCCACAAGGGGCAGGAUGGACCCAGGGCAGAGGGUCCCCAGGGGGUCCCUUAUUUAAAGACAUCCCAGUGCAGGACUGGGCUGGGACCCAACCAGGCCUUGUCCCAGUGUGGAAGUACAGUUGGGGGGGUCCCCAAAUGUCAGGGGGGUGUCCCCUAGAUGUAUGUACAUAACAUAUACAUAUAUAUAUAUAUAUAUAUAUAUAUA